UGCGUCACACUCCCUUCUGUGUCAGAUUCAUCAUGGCGGCGCCCCGCACCGUGGACGGUGUGGAGGCUGAAAACACUGAAGCCGGCUUGACACAGUCAAAUUCUUCCUCUGGGGACCCAAAAAGACCUCAGUUCGGGACACGCUUCCUUACAGACCCGCGGCAGGUCUUCCAGCACAACGCAUGGGACAAUGUGGAGUGGACUGACGAACAGGAAGAAGCUGCAAAGAAGAAAGUGUUGGAAAACAAUCAGCCCCUGCCUCCGGAGAAACAGGAGGAAUACGAAAGCCGGGCGAAUGAAUACUGGAACGAGUUUUACACGAUACACGAGAAUCGUUUCUUCAAAGACCGUCACUGGCUCUUCACAGAGUUUCCAGAGCUGGCCCCACAGUGCAACCCGAACCACGAACCUCAUCCAGACGUCUCGGGCACGGACAGCACCCAGCAGGAUGGAUUUGAUCUAAAACAAUGCAGGGAUUCUGCAGCUUUGUCUGGCGACAACUGUGACUUUCCGGGCUCCUCUGCCACAUAUCGCAUCCUGGAGGUUGGUUGUGGUGUGGGGAACACCGUUUUUCCAAUACUCAAGACCAACAAUGAUCCUGGGCUUUUUGUGUACUGCUGUGAUUUCUCCAGCACUGCUGUGGAAUUAGUGAAGACUAAUCCAGAGUACGAUUCGAACCGCUGCCUUGCCUUUGUUCGCGACUUGAGCGAUGUUGAAGCCGGUUUCCCUAUGCCUGAUGGAACGCUUGACGUUAUAGUGAUGAUCUUUGUGCUAUCAGCUCUGCAUCCCGACAAGAUGCAGGCUUCCAUCAGUAGAUUAGCACGUCUGCUGAAACCAGGUGGCGUGAUGCUGCUCAGGGACUACGGACGCUACGAUAUGGCACAACUGCGCUUCAAGAAAGGGAGAUGUCUGUCUGAAAACUUUUACGUCAGAGGCGAUGGAACACGAGUGUAUUUCUUCACCCAGGAAGAGCUUCAUGAGCUGUUCGCCGAGGCUGGGCUUGAAAAAGUGCAGAACCUUGUGGACAGGCGGCUCCAGGUGAACAGGGGCAAACAGCUCACCAUGUACAGGGUCUGGAUCCAGUGCAAGUACCGCAAGGCUUCCUGAGAAACAAGGCGAGACGCGAGGAAAAAUCCCACCGAAACUGACAAAGAUUGAGGGUUUUUCCACAAGACCUCUGGAACAAUGGGAAUUUUUUUUUUUUUUUUUUUUUUUUUUACUCUCUGCCAUAAUGCUGCUAGACCUUUUUGAUUUGCACAUUCAUUUGGAGGAAGAGUUUUGGUCCCCAUAUUGAUGACUUUUCUGCUGAUGAGUUGUGUAAUCUGCAAAAGGGAUGGCUAAGCCCUGUAUAAAUGCGUCUUCUUCUGGAAGAUAUUGGUUUUAUUCCACCACUUUUUUCUAAAUAAAUUACAUCUUUCUUUUUGUA